AGUCUGUUUCAGGAGCCUCUCUUCUACACGCUGGCCAAGAAGUCCUAGGAGCCAGUUGACUAAGCCCUAAUACCUUGUUACUUUGACAUGACCUCAAUUCAGAACUGAAUUUAUCAAGUUUCUUCCAGUACAGGAGGCUUAAUCAGCUCAGUGGCCCUCAACAUCCAGCUCCUAGACACCUGCUGAAUGGAGGUAGGAUCUUAAGAGGAACAGGGGGUGUGAGCACCUCAUCGUACAUGCAAUCUACCUCACUCUGCACAGGAGAGGAUGCUGUAAGGGUAAGGUCAAGGAGGGGCAGAUCCUUAGCAUCCUUAGGAGAUCCAGGCUGGAACAGUCAGAAGUGGAGUCAUGGCUAAGCUGGUAAGGACAUUGUCACAAAAUCCAAAAUGUUACUUGCUUCAUCGAAUGACCUUUAUUCUUCUAAUAGCUCUCAUCAUGGCCUUCUUUGGCUAUGGUUACAUGAACCCAAGAAAACAGAGGGUGGAAAUCAUCCAGGCUGGGGCCAGCAUAACUAUUAGAAAACGCCAUGACCUGCAAGGUGUAGAAUUACCAAGGAUGGUGUUAGCCCAGCCAGAUGUGCUAACACCCUCUAGGAAAGAUGUCCCUGUCAUGACCCCUUGGCUGGCUCCCAUCAUGUGGGAGGGGACUUUCAACACUGACAUCCUGAAUGAGCAGUUCCACCUCCAGAACACCACCAUUGGAUUGACUGUGUUUGCCAUAAAAUCAUACCUUGUCUUCCUGAAGCUGUUUCUAGAGACUGCAGAGAUGUACUUCAUGGUGGGACACAGGGUAAACUACUACAUAUUCACUGACCGGCCAGAUUAUGUGCCUUAUCUCCACCUCCAAAAAGGAAGGCAAAUCAUCAUCCUCAAGGUCCGGAGCUAUGCUCGCUGGCAGGACAUCUCCAUGCACCGCAUGGAGAUGAUCAGCAAUUUCUCCAAGCAGCGAUUCCACCAGGAGGUAGAUUACCUUGUGUGUGCAGAUGUGGAUCUGAAGUUCAGUGACCACGUGGGUGUGGAGAUCCUGUCCCCCUUGUUUGGCACUCUCCAUCUUAACUUCUUUUUCCUCAGUCAGGAAAACUUCCCCUAUGAACGCAGGCCUCAUUCACAAGCCCAUAUUCCUGAAGGUGAGGGAGACUUUUAUUACACAGGGGCCCUAUUUGGGGGUUCAGUGAUGGAAGUUUACAGACUCACCAAGACCUGCCACCAGGCGAUGAUGGUUGACCAAGCCAAUCAUAUUGAAGCUGUGUGGCAUGAUGAGAGCCACCUGAACAAAUACCUGCUUCACCACAAACCCUUCAAGGUCCUCUCCCCUGAGUAUAUGUGGAGUGAGUGGUUAUACUACAACAUGAAAAACUACAUGGGAGACUUGCCCAGCUCUAUAAAGAGGAUUAGAGUGAAUGUCUUGGAAAAGCAUAAAAACUGGCCAGACUGAUGGGCAAAGAAUCCAGGAAGAACUCAGAGGGGAACCAUGCUCAGUAUAACUGAGUCUUCCUCCUGGUAUGCUAUCCUUCAUUAAAACCAUUUUUAGCAGAGAGGUAUAUAUAACUUUGCUUCCUUUUUCCAGUCUGGUUGAGUCCUAGCGCCAUCCCCUCUCCCAGCCUCCUACCACCACACAAACACACACACAUUCAGGCCGGUCUGAUUCCUCGGUUCAGGCACAGAUUCCCAGAGUUACCAACCAUCCUUAGCUUCUCACUGUGUGCUCCUAACACCCUUCAGGAUGGAGAGGUGGGUAGUC